AACAACUUAAAUUAAGAUUUCAACAAGGUGCACAACAAUGUUCUCGUCCAUUAUUAGCCGUUCUUUAUAGUACACUUCCACAAGUAUCAUCAGUCGAUGCAUUUGUUUUAUUUCUUCAAUCACUGAAUCCUAAAUAUCCGCAUUUAUUUCCAGUUACAUCAAAUUUUGCUAAUUUAGCUAGUCGUUUACUAUGUCAUAUAGCUGGACUUGGUCAUUGGACAGUUCUUGGUCUUGCAACACAUAUAUUUGCACCUGAAAGUCGAUUAGAAUCAUUAGUACGUUUUUGUCAUGCAUGUAUUGAUAUGAAUGAACAACCUACACCAACAUUUUUAUCUUCAACACAAACAAGUAUUGGUCUUGGACAAUCAUCAACAUGGUUUACACAAUUAACAACAGAAUUACUUCUAUGUGUCUUUCGACAAGUAUCAUCACAUACAGAUAUACGUUCAAUUUUUCAUUUACUUGGUCCUCAAAAUGAAUUUUAUCGUCGUUUUGAACGAUUAUUUGCUUUACUCGAUGAACAACCAUCACCAAUACCAUUCGACUGGUCACUUGUUAUGUAUACAGAUCGUUGUUAUCGUUCAAUCAUGCCAUUAAUUGAACAGUUGAUAAAACAUGAUCGAUUUGAUUUAGUUGAUGAAAUAAUAGAGUGUGUUGAUAUUGAAAUUGAUAUGACUUUAUUUGAACGUUUUAAAUGUUCAUUUGAUGAAUAUCAACAUGAUUUAGAUACAGAUGACAAAGAAUUAAAUGAAGCAUUUGAUACAAUAUGUCAAGGACAUCAUGAUGUAUUAAAACGUUUAAAAAAACCAUUACUUUAUGGAGAUUUUCUUUUAUCAAUACGUUCAACAUCAUCAAAAUUAGUUCAUUUAUUAUUAAUUAUAUUUGCUAAUCAAGCACAACAUUUACCUGUGUCAUAUGAUUAUUCUAUUCAAACACCUCAACGACAACCGAUUAUGGAAAAAUUAUGGACAGCAUUAAUUACUUUUAUAGCUGAUUAUCAUGAUAGACCCAUUGUGAAUAAAAUACUUGAUUAUAUGGUUACUUUGUUUUCUGAUUCCGUAUUAGAUCAAUUAGCAGAUAAAACAUUAAUACCAAUAGAUUUUGAUGAUUAUUUACGUGCAUUUGAUGAUAAUGAAGUAGAAGAAGAAGAAGUAGUUGAAGAAUAUAAAAAAUCAACAGUUGUUGCUGAAAAUGCAUUUGAAGCACUUCUUUUAAAAGAUGUCUUCACCAAAGAUAAAGUUCCAUCAACAGCAGAGAUAAUUUCAACAGAUAAAAAUUCUUUGACACCAUCAAAUCGUCGUCAAUCUAGUCGUGGAUCUUCGUCGUCACAAUUACCAUCUUUUGGUCCAGCAUUAAGUCGUCGUUCAUCAGUAUCUUUAACAAGUUCACAUGCAACAAAUUUAUGUCAUUUAUCCGAUAAAGAUUUUCGUUCAUAUGUAACAACAAUUCAAGAUGCAUUUUUAUCUCGUGCAUCACCACAACUUGCAUUACAAUUAGCAACUAAAUUUCGUUUAAUAUCUUAUAAUUUAGCUAUUUUCUCUUAUGCACAUCGUUUAUAUUUAAAUCUUUUAAUACCAUCUGAUAUUCGUACACGUUUUGAUCAACUUCCACAAAUAAAUAAUACAGGUAAAUUUAAUAAAAAACGUUUAACAAAUGUUUUACGAACAAUGUCAAUAACAUCAGCGAAUGAUGAACAAACAAAUACCGUUGAUGAUCAAAAACAAAAAUUAAUCGAUCGUCUUUCAUCACGAACAUUAAAUGAUGAUCGGUUGAUAUCAAUAAUUAAUACAUUAUUUAAAAUUAGUCGACUUUUUCGUAUUGAUUCAUCUUCUUUAUUAAAUACAAAUGCUCAUAAUGAUGAAUGGAAUCUAUUAAAACGUAUUCUUUCAUAUCCAUCAUCAUCAUUUCCAACAAAAAU